AGAAGGAGGCAGAGGAAUGAUGGAGGGCAAUUCCACUGCUGGAUCCUUUACCCCCUCGCAGCAGUUCAGCGUUGCUGACCUUGUUGUUGUAGUGCUUUAUUUUUCCUUAAACGUUGCAGUGGGAAUAUGGUCUUCAUGCAGGGUGAACAGGAACACAGUCAGUGGCUACUUCCUUGCUGGCAGAGACAUGGCAUGGUGGCCAAUCGGUGCCUCUCUGUUCGCAAGCAGUGAAGGCUCAGGGCUCUUCAUCGGGCUGGCUGGGACUGGUGCUGCUGGGGGAAUUGCUGUUACUGGCUUCGAGUGGAACGCAACUUACGCUCUUUUGGCAUUAGCCUGGGUGUUCGUGCCAGUCUACAUCUCCUCUGGGAUUGUCACGAUGCCUGAGUACCUCCAGCGAAGGUUUGGAGGGGAGAGAAUCCAGAUGUACCUCUCCGGCCUGUCGCUCCUGCUCUCCAUCUUCACCAAAAUCUCUACGGACCUGUACUCAGGGGCCCUCUUUGUGCAAGUCUGCCUGGGCUGGGACCUUUACCUCUCCACCGUCCUGAUGCUGGUGGUCACAGGGCUCUACACCAUUGCGGGAGGGCUGGCAGCCGUCAUCUACACCGAUGCGCUGCAGACACUCAUCAUGGUCCUUGGAGCCAUCGUGCUGGCGGUGAAAGCUUUUAAUGAGAUCGGAGGUUACCCCAACCUGGAAGAGGCCUAUUUAAAAGCCGUGCCAUCCAAGAUUGUUCCCAACACUACCUGCCACCUGCCCAGAGCGGAUGCAAUGCACCUCUUCCGAGACCCGGUCUCUGGAGAUCUGCCCUGGACCGGGAUGACUUUCGGACUGUCUAUCAUGGCCACGUGGUAUUGGUGCACUGACCAGGUCAUCGUUCAGCGGUCGCUCUCUGCAAAGAGCCUUUGUCACGCCAAGGCCGGCUCCAUCUUGGCCAGCUACCUGAAGAUGCUGCCCUUGUUCGUUAUCAUCAUGCCGGGGAUGAUCAGCAGGGUCCUGUACCCAGUCUUGCUGAUCUGGUCGGCGCUCUUGGCCUUCACCAGGGCGUAUUUAGGGUUUAUCAGCUUCUUCACCACGGCAUUGGCAGGGGUCACCGGCACAACGGAAGGCAGCGUUACAGGCUCGGGUUCUGGCUCUUCACCCAUGGAGAUGGACUUGAGGCUCACUCCCUUGGACAUGAGGGUGGUCACAGUGGUGCUGGUAGCCCUCAGCGUGGUCUGGAUCCCCAUCCUGCAGAGCUCCAGUGGUGGCCAGCUCUAUGUCUACAUCCAGGCUGUCACCAGCUACCUAGCUCCUCCUGUCACCGCUGUCUUCGUCCUGGCUGUCUUCUGGCUCCGAGCUAAUGAGCAGGGAGCUUUCUGGGGCCUGAUGGCGGGGCUGGCGCUGGGGCUGGCCAGGAUGGGGCUGGAGCUGGCGUACCCCUCGCCCCGCUGUGGGGUCCCCGACCAGCGGCCCUGGCUGCUCACUGACAUCCACUACCUGCACUUCGCCGUGCUGCUGGGCACUGCCACGGCCGCCGUGGUGGUAGGGGGCAGCCUGCUGACCCCCCCGCCACCUCCAGCCAGGCUAAAGGAUCUCACCUGGUGGACCCUCUCGCAGGAGCCCCCCCAGCCUUCCAUGGAUGGCACAUCCGAGGGACCCCCCGACGGUGAGUGUCCCCCCUUCUGGGCCCGCGUCUGCGGCAUCAACGCCGUUGUCCUGAUGUGUGUCAAUAUUUUCUGCUAUGCCUAUUUUGCCUAG